AAAAAAAAAAUAAUUUCUUUGGAAAUAAAUUUAUAUACUUAUAAGUAAUUACCAAAUGAGUGAAGUAAUCGAAAUUGAAGUUGAUAAAAAUGACGUUGAUGUAAAUGAUGUUGAUAAAAAUGAUGUUGAUAAAAUAUUUACCUUCGAUGAUGUCGAUGAUAAACCACAUAACGGUAAACCUAUUACUAGGAUAGAAACAUCACCAAAUGAAAACUACCUUAUUACUUAUAGUGAAGAAGAUCGUUCAAUUGUUGGUUGGAAUGUUGAAAAUAUAGAUAAGGUUCAACUUAAAUUUGAUAAAACUAUUAAAAUUGGUUAUGGAACCAUAAGUUUAUGUGUUUCUGAUGACAAGAAACUAUGUAGAAUUUAUGAUUAUGAUAAAUAUAAAAUCGAUGUAAUCGAUAUGAAUAAUAAAGAUAAAAUUACAUUAAGUUUUUAUAGAAAAGUUAGAUCAAUGUAUUGUACCUUUAAUUUAAAAGGUGAAUUUAUUUUAUAUAGUUUAGUUUACGAACAUAAAAUUAUUUGGAUUUAUUCCACACAAACUAAAAAUAACAAAUGGGAAUGUAAGAGAUUUUACUAG